AUGACCUCAUGGACCCGCCGGUUUUCCGCCGGCGCCGACUCAUUCGGCGUUUCUUUUCGAUUACGGCAACAACCGCGAAGCUUGGCUGAGGUUUCUCACCUCAGCAUUUACAGGUACGCUGGUUUACGAUCUGGUUGCGGAUGUGUAGUUCUACGGGCGCCGAAGCACCGGCGGCUACAGGCGGCGGAGCCGUCGGCAGCGUGGGAUCGAUCGGAGAGUGGAGAGGAGGAUAGGGUGAAGCCUUGUUCGUACGCAGUGGGAGGGCAGAGGGUGGAGGAUUUGGCGGAGGGGAAUAGCGGUGAGAUCUUGGAGAAAAUUAGGGCGGAGAAAUUGAGGAGAAGUAAUCGAACGGUGGAGAUUGUGAUUGCAGCCGUGUUAACGGUGAUUUUCGGUGUGGCCAAUCGGGUGCUGUACAAGCUUGCUUUGAUUCCCCUGAAGCACUAUCCGUUCUUCCUCGCACAGCUCGCCACUUUCGGAUAUGUAAUUGUAUACUUCUCCAUAUUGUAUAUGCGCUAUCACGCUGGCAUUGUUACGGAUGAGAUGCUUUCAAUGCCGAAGGCCCCAUAUCUUGUUGCUGGCCUCUUGGAAGCUCUUGGCGCUGCGACAGGGAUGGCAGCUACAGCCAUUCUUUCUGGUGCAUCAACGCCAAUUUUGUCUCAGACUUUUCUUGUGUGGCAGAUUCUCCUGUCAAUUAUUUUUCUUGGGCGGAGGUACAAGACUAAUCAACUUUUUGGGUGCUUUCUUGUUUCCAUUGGUGUAGUCAUCACCGUGGCGAGUGGUUCCAACGCUGGAAAUUCCCUGAAGGAUGCCGGUAUAUUUUGGAGCAUUUUGAUGAUAAUCUCAUUCUUGUUCCAAGCAGCUGAUACUGUUUUGAAGGAAAUCAUCUUCUUGAAUGCUUCCCGUCAAUUGAAGGGCAGGACGAUGGACUUAUUUGUCGUAAAUUCCUUUGGAUCUGCUUUCCAGUCAAUUUUCGUAGUGGCUCUCCUACCAUUCCUGUCGAAGUUAUGGGGCAUUCCAUUUAGUCAACUGCCAAGUUAUCUUAGAGAUGGCACGGCCUGUUUUCUGAAUUAUGGUACUUUAAGUGGAUGUGAUGGUGCACCACUGCUACCUCUUCUUUUUAUUCUUGUAAAUAUAGGGUUUAACAUUUCAUUGUUGCAUCUCCUCAAGAUCUCAUCCGCUGUGGUUUCUUCUUUGGCAUCCACUUUUUCAGUGCCAAUAGCAGUCUAUAUGUUCACCUUGCCUCUCCCAUACAUCGGCGUCGCUUCUGCUCUUCCGAAGGGGUUCGUAGCUGGAGCUGUCAUUCUCGUUCUGGGCUUGCUCAUCUAUGCUUGGACACCAUCAGGAUCAUCAAAUCCGAACAAUGCUGCCUCCCACGCACCAAUCACUUAAAAUUGAAGCAAAAUAUCAGCUUAUGCACCGUUGCCACGAAGAUGCGCAGUGGAGCUCAUAUGUGCUACAAGUAAGAAUACCGAUUUUAGUGAGCAAGAACAACUCGUUCUUCCUGUUCUCUUUCAUUCUUCCAAUAAAAGGUCCAGUCUGCAUUGGUUAAGCUCCAUGGCUUAACCACUCGAGCAUUGGGUGCAGAUUUCCUUGAAGUAGAGGGUCAUUUGUAAGUUCAUUAGCUUAGCAUCAUUGAACAGAAAAUUUGAUAGGCAUACAAUUAGUGAGCUGGUGAUUUCUGAAGCGCAAGCAGUUUAAGGAUAAUAGACCUUAGAGCUGCUGCGGUGUAGGCACCACAAUUUUCCAUUUGUGUAGUGGCCUGAGGUUGGGAAAUGGGGGCCUUAAAAACUUGUGUAAAGUAAGUCGUUUUGUAAUACUAAAUCAGUGUUUUAUACGUGAAUUUCUUGUAGCUGUUAGUUUGUUCCAUUCAAUCUCCGAACACUUUCGAUUCA